AUGUCAAUAUCAGUUAAUAAAAUAGAUACUUUAUCUAUGGAUAAUGCUAUAUACGAUAAACUAGAAAGUUUAUUUUAUAAUUCAAUUUACAAUAUACCGGUUAGAUGCAACAAUAAUAUAAUCGAUGAAUGUAAGUUAUUGUUAAAAACAGUAAUAUAUUAUUUUACCACCACAUCUACCACCGAAAACAGUAUAUCAACAAGUGGCUCGGAAAUGUGUGGUGUUGAAUUUACAAACUCAAGUAAAUGGAAAUUAUAUUGUUCAAUGAUAUUAAGUACCUAUUCCAUUAGAAAAUUAUCUAAAUGCUACUACAAUAGUAAUACCUCUUCUUCCUCUGUUAUUACCAUUACUACACACAAAUUAAUUAAACUAUUAUUAACUAUAUUUAAAAUCAUUGAUUUUAGUAAUUUUGUUAAAUUGAUUUCGGUCAAAAAUUAUGCCUAUCUAACAAUAUACGACAGAAUAUUUGGGAUCCAAUGUAAAGUAAACACUUCAAAACAAGAUUUUUAUGAUAUGAUAGCCUUAUACAGUUUAGAUUUCCAAUCCACUCAGUUUUUAUUAGAUAAUAUAAUGGAAUUGUUUAGUACUGAUUUAAUAAGUGACGUUCUAGUAAAAUUUAUCAAGAAGAGGCAAUAUUCGACUACAAAGAAAACCAUAACAACAUCAAAAACAACAACAACUUGCGUGACUUGCCUACUAUGCAUGGAUGUACCUUUUAAUGCAUGUCGCGUAGAAUGUUGCAAAUCACAAUAUUGUUAUUAUUGUGUUUGUAAAGUUUUGGAAUGGGGGGUUUGUACCAAUUGUAGUAGUGUUGAUGUUUACAUUGAACAAAUUGAAGCCGUGUGA